AACACUUCUGAAGGUAGCCUCCUACUUGCAGAGCAACAUCAGUUCAGUGAGUUUUCGAAAACCUUUUUUCAAAAAUAUUUUUUCAACCGUUCGAAACUUUUGGUAGAAAUUAUUUUUAAAACAUUUAGAAACAGUUUUUUUUAAAGCAUUUUUUAAACCUUGAGAACAUCCACAUUUUGAAAGUUAUUUUUUGUAAAGCAGAGCAGAGUACAGUAGAGGCCUCAUCAAGAACUCAUCAAUGAUGCAAACCUAUUUUUGUGAGAAAAUAUUUGUUCAACCUUUCGAAGCUUUUUGUAGAAAAUAUUUAACCUUUAGAAGCUUGUAAAAAAACAUACAUACAUGUAUUGUUACACAUACCUAAAAUGCGUCCUCUCUGAAGUGAAAUGGUGGGUUUUUAGAGACCUUUAUUUUGAAAAUAGUCUUAUUGGCACAGGCAUCGAAGUAAGAUAUAUUUGGAAGCUAGGCUAAGGCUAGCUCGCUGACUUUCACACAUGCUACUGUUGCAAACUGAUCUUUUUUUAUAAUAGCAAACGUCAACAUGAGUGUUCCACCAGCAAAAAGAGUCUAUGCAGAUUUGCCCGUGUGGAUUGUAGAAGAUCACCACGAGGUUGUAUCACAUAUUUACCGCGCCAUAGGAUCAAAGCACAUCCCUAUGAGGAACAUCAAGAUGGUCCACCUGGAUUCUCACCCAGACAUGCUCAUCCCAAUCAACAUGCCAGCAGAUACGGUUUUUGACAAGGAGGCCUUACUAAGUGAGCUGAGCAUAGAGAACUGGAUCAUGCCCAUGGUUUAUGCAGGCCACGUGUCCAGUGUAGCUUGGCUCCAUCCCUACUGGGCCCAGCAGAUCAGGGAAGGAGAACACACAAUGUCCGUGGGUCGGGACUCAUCCACCACUACUAUCAGAGUGACAAGUAAGGAUGAUUACUUCCUGAGUGAUGGCCUGUAUGUUCCCCAGGACCAGCUGGAGAACCCCAAGCCUUUGAGGCUGAGCGUGGUGCGGGUCAACCCCCUGGAGCCAGCCCAGGCCGGGGAGAAGGCUCCAGAUGGCCCCCAGGGCAGGGAGGCCCAGGGCAGGGAGGCCCAGGGCAGGGAGGCCCAGGGCAGGGAGAGGACCACAGGAAAGUCUGCUGCCAAGAAACCCAAGCUAAAAGACCAGGGAGCCGGGGAUGUAUCUGAGACUCACCCCUCCUCCAGCGUCGCCCAGUUAGGGGGCAGUUGUCACAGCUACACUGACAGGCUGGAGCCAGCAGGGGGCAGUGGAGCCCCAGGGAGCUGCAGGAACAGAAGCAGGCACACAGGGGGAACAGAAUUGACUAAGCAGCCUUGUGGGAGGACUGAUGAUGAUGAUGAUGAUGAGGGCUCAACAGGCUGUGUGGUAAAGAGACUUCAGUCUUUUGUCAGUGAAUCCGAUCCAUACAUCCUGGAUAUUGACCUGGAUUUCUUCUCCUGUAAGAACCCUUUUAAGGAGAUGUAUACACAGGAGGAGUACUCUAUUCUUCAGGAACUCUACAGCUUUACAAGACCAAGCGAUGACACGGAUGAGGAGGCGCUGAGCGAGUGUGUGGAGCACCGUGUUCGACAGCUGGAGGAUCUGGAGGAGGCGUUUGCAGACCUGCUGGAGGACGACGGGGAAGAGACGGUUCGACGCUGGGCAGCCAACCCUGGAAUGGGCUCUCUGGUUCAGCUGGUCAACAGUCUGAAGAACAGAGAGCAAUCCCCUGACUAUGAGAUGCCAAUGAUGAAGGUGGUGGUGGUGCUGAUGAUAUUCCCCCCCAGGUGCACCAGGCAGGGCAGACGUGCGACUACUCCGAGCUGCCUCACCACAUCAGCUCUGAGGAGGAGAUCCACAGGCUGGUGCUGGCUGUGGAGCUGGCUCUCCAGGCCCUGCCCAAGCCAACGCUCGUCACCAUCUCCAGGUCCAGUCUGGAUGAGUAUUGUCCACCACAGCAGGUCAACUCAAUCCAGAGCAGAAUCCUGGACAUCCUGGAGGGUCUGUAUGGACACCUCCAGGUCCACAAGGACUAUGAGAUUCAGGAGGACCUGAAGGAGACUCCCGCCCCAGCCUCCAGCAGCUACGCCCCCACCUCAACCCCGGGCACAGAAGAGCAACUGCCACAGGCCUCUUGACACACCACAGACUGGAACCGUGGUUACGACCCAAUUGUCUAUUUAUAGGAAAUAAAUCUUGCUAGUGUAAACAGAUACCCUCAUAGUAUGUGUCCUUCAGUGCUUUGAUUUC